UCCUCCUCUCCCUUAUCCUCUAUCAUUCAUUUUCAUUCUCUUUCUCUCUCUACCUAUCCUUCUCUCUCUUUUCAUCACAGUGAACAACUCAGCUGCAGUGCCAAGUUCCCACUAACCAUUACAAUUUGUGUGUCACCUCACCUCUUGUCUUACCUCCCCCACACAGAACACAAAAUUUAUUGACAGUGAAAAAAACAACUUUUUUCACUAAAAAAAUAAACCCCACCAUUUUUUUUCAUAAAAAAGUGCUUAUUAUAGAGAGAGAAAUUAGUUAUAUGAAAUAGAACGAUCAUGGAAUUGGAAGGUGAUCAUCAAAGCAAUGGAAUCCGAAGCAGACCAAAUUUCCCUCUUCAGCUUUUAGAGAAAAACAACAUCAUCGAACAUGUCUCCGAAGAACAACCUUGUUCAACCACCACCGCCAACGACGGUUCGACUGCCAUCGUAUCAUCAGAGCAACAGAAAAAGCCUCCGCCGAAGCGGGCCUCGACGAAAGAUCGGCACACGAAGGUCGACGGACGAGGCCGCCGGAUCCGUAUGCCGGCUGCCUGCGCGGCCAGAGUGUUCCAGCUCACGCGUGAGCUGGGACACAAAUCCGACGGCGAGACGAUUGAGUGGCUACUUCAACAGGCUGAGCCGUCGGUUAUAGCAGCAACCGGAACAGGAACAAUCCCUGCGAAUUUCACGUCUCUGAAUAUCUCUCUUAGAAGCUCUGGUUCAACUAUGUCCGCUCCGUCGCACUAUUUUAGAGGUAAUUACUUCAACCCUAGUUCGUUUUCGACGGCCGCGGCGGCGGCUCAGCUUCGAAACCGGGCUGAAUGGGAUAGAACUAUGAAUAUGAAUGUUGUGGCUGAAGAUUCUAGAAGAACUAACAGUAUGUUAGAGAAUCCUUCUUCUUUAUCAGCGAUUUUGAAUUUCAACAACGUGCAAAAUGCUAUUCUUCAAGCGAAACAAGAGCUCCGGGAUGAAAACACUGUCUCCGCCGCCGCUGGCGGCGGCGGAGGAUUUGAAUUGUUGGGUUCUGAUUCUGAUGGAAGCAUAGGGAGGAAAAGAAGGUCAUCAGAGCAAGAAUUGUUAUCACAAAAUAUGGGAAGCUAUUUAUUACAAUCAAAUGUGGGGUCACUUCCUUCAAGCCAUGCUUCCAACACGGCAGCGUUUUGGAUGGUAACUGGGAAUGGGAACCAAACUGUUAAUGGUGGUGGUAGUGGUAAUGGAAAUGAUCCAAUUUGGGCAAUUCCUUCGGUUGGAAAUAAUGGCUUAUAUAGAGGAGCUAUGUCUAUGUCUUCUCCUAAUGGAAUUCAUUUCAUGAAUUUUGCUUCUCCAAUGAAUCUGAUGCCCGGAAGUCAAUUCGGUUCUGGAGUCAUCGGCGGUGGUGGAGGCAGCGGUGGUGGUAUUCUCGGCGAAAGCAAUUUAAAUAUGCUCUCAGCCAUGAAUGCCUAUAGACAAAUUUCUGCAAAUGGUAUGUCCGAGUCGUCCGGACAUCACCACGGCGAAGGUGGAGGAGUAGGAGGAGGAGAUGACGACGGACAUGACUCAAGCAGUCAACACUCUUAAAGAUUAAAGAAUGAUCAAGUAAUUACAAGUCCAUGAUCUGAUGCUAGCUUCUUAAUUUUUCUUUUAAUUAUUAUAAUUACUAUUGCUAUUAGUUUUGGUUAUGGUUAAUUUAUAUGCAAAAAUAUAUAUUAUAUAUACAUAUAUAAAUAUAUAUAUUAUAUAUGUUAUUUGUUAUGGUAUGUUAUGUUAUGUCCAUUUUCAAAACACGCAAGCACAAGUUUGAUUGCAUUUUGGAACAUUGCUAGUGUGGUGUGAUUUUCAUUUUUCAUAGAAUCAUGUUAGGGUUUUUGCGAGGAAAUUUCAACAAGACUAUACAUAUAUCUUUACAUUUGUUAUGCUGUUAUUAAAAUUUUAGUUUUUAUUUAUUAAUUAAUGUGAUCAUGGUUUUAACAAACUCAUUAAAUGAUUCAAUUAUUGGUAUGAAAAAAAUUUAAUAAGGUACGAAAAUAACAUCUUUUUACUGCAACGAGAGAUGAAAAGAGAAGAUGCUGGCAUUCUGAUAAGUAAGUGUAAGUGUACUGCAAAAACUGUCACAUGCACGACGCAUCUCUUAUUGCUGCAGUUAUGAAUUAUGUAUAUGUACUAUACUAUAUAGCUAUAGCUAGGGACCAAUAUCUAUAUAUCUAUACAUAAUAAUUAAUAUAUAAAUAAAUACUUUGUAUCUAUAUAUUUAUAUGAAAAAGCACACUAAUUUGAAGUAACUCUUAAACUCAGGUGAUGCUGGUGGUGACCAGUGAAACUAUUACCAAAUUUUGAUAUACAAUCUUUUUGAUGAAUAAGAACUUCAUUCUUUCUUUUUCUAUUAUAAGCUAUUAUAUAGCUAGUGUUUAAGAACUAUAGUACAUUGAAGAAAUUAGAAGUAGUGAUUUUAAUUAUAGCUAUGCUAUGAAAUUAACUUGUAUACCCUUUUGCAUCUAUUAUUAUGAACUGUUGUUUUCAUGAAUUAAAAAAGCUAGUUAGCUAUGCUAAAAUAAGGUUUUUUAUAUCACUAAAUUUUCAUGAUGCUCAUUUUUAGCCCCACCUUAUUGUUUUGUUAUAUAAGAAUUCAUACAUUAAUUUAAACCUCUAGAUGCAUAGCUUUCUUUUUCUAGUUUAUGUUUGGUGUAUAAAAGAAAUUAUCAUUUCCUCUUUAGAUAAUAAAAUAUAAAUCCACUAUACAACACAUUCUCUUUA